AUAAAUGUCGAACAUCCUCACAUAUUUCAAGCAUUAUUGAAGUCUUUCUCAAAAGCAAAAAAAACAAUAAAAAGCAAAUAAACUCAAAACCAAUUAAAAAAACAAAAAUGGAGUCCAAAAAAUUCAUCGUUCUUCUUUUGGUGUCCUCUCUACUCAUUUCCAUGACAGAGUGUCAAGUAUUUUCCGGUUCACCUUCAUCAAUGUCAUUUUCGUCUAUGUCAUCAGAUUCGCCUUCGGGAUCUCCAUCAUCGUCUCCCUCAUCCUCAUCGGUGACUUCAACCAUGGAAGAAGGAGCUGCUGCCGCAACCUCAGUAUAUGAGAAAUUGAAAAACAAAAUAACAUCCUAAUUUUUUUCCCUACAAUUUUAAAGGCACUCCAUAAUAAUGACUUUAUUAUUAUUUUUUGCUGAGAGGCAGAAAAAUGCCCGGACAUUUCUGCUAUCUUUUUUUUUGAAUGGUGAGAAACUUUUUUUUAACUUAUAGUUAUAGUUUCGUCAAUAAGAGCAACAAUAAUGCCCUUCUAUUAAAAAUAAAUUCAUAACAAGUUUGUGAUAGUUGUGAUUUUAUAGUUUGUGAAAGGGGAUGGCUACCUCCUAUUGUGCUAGCCCACGUAUCAAUGUAUCCUCUCCAUAUAUUUAUUCAUAAUUAAUCUAAUAAUUGUGGUUGUUAUUACUUAUUACUUAAA